GCAAUUUAGCUUGCCCUAUUCAUCAUAUCUGAUAGUUGCUGCAUGUCAUCCGAUAUCGUUUUCUUGGUUCCUGAGGCUACCACGAGGAAUAUGUGGCGCUAUUCCGUAUCGGGCGGAAUCAUUUUCGCUGAAGUCCGCAAGCUCCGCAGGCCCGUCUAUCGCGACAACCUCCAUUCUGGCAGCCAUAGUCAAUCUCAAAGGCACCAACCAUGUCGCAGUUCAGAGCGAAGAGGCUGGAUAUCAGUGGGUUCAUCAACCCUCGCGUCAUUCGUGACCACACCAAGCGGAAGGUGGUCGAGCAGUACGAGCCAGAACGCCAAGCACUCCGCUACAUCAUCCGCAACACCAGCCUUCCUCAGCGUAUGCGUGCACAGGCCCAGCUCCAGCUUUCGCAGAUGCACGCCUACACUCGCCCGACCCAGAUCAAGAACAGAUGUGUCGCUGGAGGAAUAGCGAGAAGUGUGUUCCGUGACUUUAGAAUGGCAAGAUACCAAUUCCGUCUCCACGCGCUUGCUGGAGAGCUGCCCGGUGUCAGGAAGGCCAGUUGGUAGAUUCUGUCAAUGUCUCUUCAUAAUGAGAAGCGAGUUGGAGCUAUUUGCAAUUAUGGGUUCAUCUCUGCAUACGGGCGUUUUUUAUUCUGCGGAUGUAAAUGUACAAUACAACAAUCACUGAAAAGAAAUAUUGAUCAAUCUUAUACUAUGCCAUUCACUUACACUUUUUCUGUAUUGUGGGCUGUGAUUCGGAACUUGCCCUGAUCAGAUGGUGAAGUCUGUUUGCUUGAUGUCGGAAAGUUGCAGCCAGCCUUCUCAAUACAAAGAAUCCCCUGUUCUUCCAGGA